UUGCAGAGGGCAAACAUUGCGUGCCGAUUCAAGACGCGACUACGCUAUCUAUCUGUGCUGGUUGCUGAUGUAUCUCCGGCCCGGCUCUUGUCAGUGGUGGGUGACGUCCAACGAAGCUAAUCUGAGAGUGAGAACCUCAACCAUUUCCUUCUCUUGCAUCUUGAUAUAAAACCUAUCGCCGCCCCUCUGACCUCUUCUCUUGUGACCUUGCUCUUGUCCUCUGUCUCAUCAUCACCAACCAACAACCACGUCCUUAUCGGUGCUUUGUCUUGAAGUCUAUCCGUAUCUUGAGCUUGAACCCCUUGGCAACUUGCUCUCAUCCUCGCUCCUCAUAUCACCAUAACAUCUCAUCUCAUCUUGUCUAUACGAUACCAUCAAUCUCAUCCGUGAUACCCCAGACCCCUACGUUUUGUUCACUUUCCUCCUUCUCAAACCUCACAAACCCACACACACACACACACACGCAACUUCACAAUGGCCGCCUACCUCGCAUCCGCCCGCUACGGCAAGGACAACGUCCGCGUCUACAAGGUCGAGAAGAACGGCAACACCCAGACCGUCACCGAGAUGACCGUCUGCUGCCUCCUCGAGGGCGAGAUCGAGACCUCGUACACAGUCGCCGACAACAGCGUCGUCGUCGCCACCGACUCCAUCAAGAACACCACCUACAUCAAGGCCAAGGAGAACCCCGUCAACCCCCCGGAGCUCUUCGCCUCCAUCCUCGGCGCCCACUUCCUCGAGACCUACGCCCACAUCCACACGGCCAACGUCAAGAUCGUCCAGCACCGCUGGACACGCAUGACCAUCGACGGCAAGCCUCACCCGCACUCCUUCUUCCGCGAUGGCGAGGAGACCCGCAACGUCGAGGCCCGCAUCUCCCGCAAGGACGGCAUCGCCCUCACCAGCGCCAUCCAGAAGCUCACCGUCCUCAAGUCCACCGGCUCCGCCUUCCACGGCUUCGUCCGCGACGAAUACACCACCCUCCCCGAGACCUGGGACCGCAUCCUCUCCACCGACGUUGACGCCGCCUGGACCUGGAAGUUUCCCGACCUGGCCGCCGUCCGCGCCGCCGUGCCCAAGUUCGACCCCGCGUGGCGCGCCGCCCGCGACAUCACCAUGAAGACGUUCGCCGAGGACGAGAGCGCCAGCGUGCAAAAUACAAUGUACAAGAUGUGCGAGCAGAUCCUCGACGCCGUGCCCGAGACCCUCACCGCCUCCUACUCGUUGCCCAACAAGCACUACUUUGAGAUUGACCUCAGCUGGCACAAGGGGCUCAAGAACACGGGCAAGGACGCCGAGGUCUACGCGCCGCAGUCUGGUCCCAACGGUCUUAUCAAGUGCGAGGUCGCGCGCAAGCUCGAGACUGCCAAGUUGUAGACGC